CCGGCCGCGAGCGCCGGCUGCUUUGUUUGUACCCGCUUCGGCGUUGAGGGGGACUCGCUCCGGGAACGCGGCGACAGGAAGAGCGACUGAUCGUGCCGGGGACGCGCGGGGACCCAGGAGUCCGGCCGCCGCGAGGGCCGCGUGACGAGACCGAAGAGAGAGCCGGAUCGCCGCCGCGGGCCCUGGGUGGUGGUCCCGGGGCGCCCGUGAACACAGACCUCCCCGUCGACGGGGGGCGAUGUUCCCUUGGCCCGCGGACUCAUCGGGCCGCCGGGGCAUCCCGCCGUUGGGACCAGGGCCCCCUCAGUGGGCGACCCCCAAGGCUGCUCCAUGGAGACUCUGUGUCCUCCUCCCCGCCUGGCAGUGCCCGCGUCCCCGCGGGGGUCGCCCUGCUCGCCCACGACCCGGAAGCCGCGACGGGGGACCCCAGAGUUCUCCCCACUGUGCCUGCGUGCCCUCGCCUUCUGCGCCCUCGCCAAACCCCGGCCGUCCGCCCUGGGCCUGGGGCCUGGAGAGCUGGCGCCGCAGACCCCGGUGCUGCUGGGCCCCCGGGCCUCGCCAUGCACAGGCGGCCCGGUCGCGGACUGCCUGAAGCACCUCGGGGGACCAAGCGACGUGACCUCCCCGGCCCGCGAAGAUGCAGACGUCGCGGUGUGCCUAGGCGGAGGAGAGGAGGAAGAAGGCGGAGGCGGCUUCCCGCACUCCGGCGCUGGUUUCUGCGCACCUACCGGCCGCUGCCCUGUUCCCCAGAGUCCUCGGGAAUCUCCGACCAGCUCCGCCUGGUCCCCGCCCAAGCCAUCCCGGGAUCUGGAGUCCCAGCCUGAUGCAGCUAGCAGCCAACCUCUCGAGCCCAGCUCCCAGCCUCCGCCGCCACCUGCGGGCCUCUCCCCGGAGCCUGCGCCUCUCGAGCAGCCUGUGCUGGGCUCCGAGGCUGCCGAGGGUGAAGACCCUGCGCCGGCCGCGCCUGAGGCACCCGCGCUCAGCCCCUCGACGGCAGACGCAGCGCCGGACGCGCCCAAUGAUCUCCGCCAGGAACAUUUCAAUCGCCUGAUCCGCCGCUCGAAACUUUGGUGUUACGCGAAGGGCUUCGCUCUGGACACUCCAAGUUUGCGCCGAGGGCCGGAGCGGUCGGCAGCCAAAGCACGGGGAGCAGCCAAGAAACGCCGGCGGCCAGCGCCGCCCCCGCGGAGCAUGCAGCCCCGCCGGCCCGCCCCGACGCUGCCCACUUCUAGCACCUUCAGCCUCCUCGACUGCUUUCCCUGUACCCCAGCCCUGGUGGUGGAAGAGGACGGAGACUUAGGGCCGGCUUCCUCGCUUCGCCUCCAGGGAGACGCAAAGCCGCCGCCUGCCCACCCACUGUGGAGGUGGCAGAUGGGAGGGCCCGCUGUCCCCGAGCCACCGGGUCUCAAAUCUUGGUGGGUCAACUUGGAAGAACUCUGAGCGCCCGACUUAUUCUACCUGGGGACAAGAUGGGGCCCCGGGCAGACUGAUUGCCUCGAUCCUCAAAUUUGUCUGUUUUCCUUUGCUCUGCGUUUUACGGGCUGUGGGCCGAGAGACCUCAAAUGACAGUGAUCUUCAAACACCUGAGAGAUCCGGGUGAUAUUGCCUUUUACUCAUCUUUGCAGAAGAUCCCAGGACUAGCGUCCGCGAAAGCCGGUAGAAAGCUGCACGGCCAGCCCCGGUCUCUGCGGUCCAGCUGGGGCCUUCACCCCAGGGCAGCAAAUCGGCUACUACCCAGAGACCAAAAGAAAGGGACAGAGGGACGGACCUUGAAGACGGACAAACCUGUUGUUCCCAGCAGUUUGCGGGCCUGCUUAAGGGUGUGUGGGCUAU